AUGUCCGUGUGUCCGUACCCGUGUGUGUCCGUGUGUCCAUGUCCGUGUGCCUGUGUCCGUGUGUGUCCGUGUGUGUGUCCGUACCCGUGUGUGUCCGUGUCCAUGUGUGUCCGUGUGUCCAUGUCCGUGUGCCUGUGUCCAUGUGUGUCCGUGUGUCCAUGUCCGUGUGCCUGUGUCCGUGUGUGUCCGUGUGUGUGUCCGUGCCCGUGUGUGUCCGUGUGUGUCCAUGUCCGUGUGUCCGUACCCGUGUGUGUCCGUGUCCAUGUGUGUCCGUGUGUGUCCGUGUGCCCGUGCCCACGUGUGUCCGCGUGUCCGUGUGUGUCCGUGUCCGUGUGUCCGUGCCCGUGUGUGUCCGUGUCCGUGUGUGUCCGUGUGUCCAUGUCCGUGUGCCUGUGUCCAUGUGUGUCCGUGUGUCCAUGUCCGUGUGCCUGUGUCCGUGUGUGUCCGUGUGUGUGUCCGUGCCCGUGUGUGUCCGUGUGUCCGUACCCGUGUGUGUCCGUGUCCAUGUGUGUCCGUGUGUGUCCGUGUGCCCGUGCCCACGUGUGUCCGCGUGUCCGUGUGUGUCCGUGUGUCCGUGUCCGUGUGUCCGUGCCCGUGUGUGUCCGUGUCCGUGUGUGUCCGUGUCCGUGCCCGCGUGUGUCCGCGUGUGUCCGUGUGUGCCCGUGUCUGUCCGUGUGUCCGUGUCCGUGUGUGUGCCCGUGUCUGUCCGUGUCCGUGUGCCCGUGUCUGUCCGUGUGUCCGUGUCCGUGUCGCUCCCCGCGAGCCGCCGUUCCCGGGCCUGCGCCGUCUCCAUGGCGCCGGUGCCGUAAAGCGCGCGCUUUACGCCGUGUCUGUCGUGCCGGGGCCGUCAGGCGCGGCCGCGCGUGGCGCGGGGCGGCACUUCCGGGCGGCGCGGCCUAG